AUGAUGCCCAUGCAGCCACCACCUCAGCCGCCACAUCAGUACUACAAUUCUAACACAAGACCCGCAGCUCCUCCGAUGAUGAACGACAGACAGGGUCCGGGCGCAGGGCCAGCUUCGAGGUAUGCUGCCUCUUCGGCAGGAUCCGCCGCGACGGGAUUCUAUCUUCCCAAUGGAAAUGGCAACAGUUCCCACGACUCGUAUGCCUCGUCGCACCCUUCGACCUCGCCGCUCCCUGCCCUCUCUUCCCCACUUGGCGCGCCUUCUAUCCGGCUGCCUGAUGCUCCAUCUACAGGAGCGCGUUCCCUUUCGGGCAACCAGGACGCUUCCUUUGCUUCUUCGUCCGGCUCGUCUCAGCCAUCCGCCUCCGGAUCCAGGUAUCGACGCGUGAGACCCGACACCGAAGAGAUCCGACGCGUCGGUCGCUCCCACUAUGUUGAACUGCUUGGCUUCCUCAAGAGCCACCUCACCAAGGUCGAGCAGACGCUCCCACGCUCCAACGCGCGUGAAAAGCUCACCCGCCUCAGCAAGCAGCAAUUCACCGAGCUCUCGACCGACGUCUACGACGAGCUCAUGCGACGCCAGAACAGCCUCAGAAACGGCAACAGUCAGCCCUUCCUUGCAGUUCGCGACGAAUUCCACCCGAAACGCAAUCAAGCCAGGCAGAAGCUCGCCACACUGCCCAAGAACCGCUUCAAAGAUCUGGCCUCGGAUGUGUUCUUCGAGCUAGAGCGCAGGUUCCCAGAGCUCAAGCAAGAAUACCGCCCAGAAGUCAUCGCUCGCGAGCGAGAGAUGGAACAGCAGAUGCGCGACCAGGCCGAAGCUCUCCUGCAACGCAAGGACUCGAGAAGCCAAGCACAGCCUUCCACCUCGGAUCGAAUCGUGCCUGCUAAGAGCACCAUGGUCGAAGAAGACCUUGCCGUCCCCUACUCGGCCAACGGCAGCUCUAAGCUCGGCGAUCGCAGCAUUGAGAACGAGUCUCCAUUGGGCCGUGUCACUUCUCCAAUACGCGACUCGAUCGGCUCCAACGGAUCCAACGGCGUCCCCGACAAUCGCAGCACCAGAUACAGUCAGGCCAGCAGCCUAGGUACCGGCUUCUUCAACGGAUACACCGGCAGCAUCGCCGCAGGAAGCGUUGCGAGUCCCAAUCUGGGCAGAGGCAGCGUCUUUGAAGCGUCAGACGCAGCCACCGAGAAGAUGCGUUCGGACUACGAGCUUCGCAUCGCCAAGCUUCAACAACAGGUCAGCUCGCUCGAAUCGCAAAUGGCAGAAGCCGCUCCUCGCGCACGCAAAGCCGACGAGCUCGCGGGUCGAUACGAAGAACUCGAUCGACAGCUCAGUCUGCUCAGAAAGGAGCUCGACGAUUCAAAGCAAAAGCAUGAAUCUGACCGUGAAUUGCAUCGCACUUCCACCGCCCAGAGGGAGUCCGAGCUGGAAUCCAUCCGAAGGGAGCUGGCCGAGAAGGCCGACGCUGGUGGGCAAGCCGAACUGGAGGCAUUGCAGCAGAAUCAUUCGCAGCAAGCCGAAGUGGUCAACGAGCUGAAGCAAGAAGUCAGCACGCUCCUCGAAGAGCUUCGAGAUCUGUCGACGCGCAACGAGGAGAUGCAAGCGGACAGGGACAACGAUCUUGUGGUCAUCAAGGAUCUCGAAAGGCAGAUGGCCAACUACAAGCGUCUCUACGAGGCAGCCAAGAUCGAGUUGCGCAAUCUCAAAGCCACCUCGCAGCUCUACGUCCAGCCGCCCAAAGCAGACGACUUGAUGCCGGCCUCCGAGAAGGGGGCGAUCGCUGAUGUCAACCUCACCGCGUUCCAAAGCUCGAUCGACGAGCUGUUGGCCGCAGCUCGAUACCGGACGCCGGGCAGUAUCCUGCUGUCGAUGAAGACAGUGGUGCUGGCGACCACGCUCGUGACGGAUGACGUGUCCAAGUACGAACAGAUUCCUGCCAACGUGGCCGAGCUCUCUAACGAGGAGCUAGACCAGCUGAUGGCGCUCAAGUCCAAGUGCUCUGCGACGCUCAACAACCUCAUGUCGGCGUGCCGAAACCACGCGUCGUCGCACGGUCUGUCGCCCGUCAGCUUGCUCGAUGCCGCAGCUAGCCACGUUUCGGCGACAAUCGUGGAGAUGGUCAAGCUGCUCAAGGUGCGCAAAGCCAGCCGAGGGGAACCAGAAGAUCUUUCGACGAGCUUCUCGGAAGACUCGGCGCCGACGCGACUUAGGCCGCUGCACAUCAAUACGCAAUCGGCCAACCGAGAGGUGAGCGCGACGCUCUCGCCCAACCUUGCCAACCAGUCCAGCUUUGCCAACCUCAGUCUGGGCGAGGAUCGGUUGUCUCCGCACAUUCGAAGCGCUCCCACUAUGGGACGCUACUCGCCCAUCGGGUACAAGGCGGAGACGCUGCGAAAGGACUCGAGUGGAGACAACACGUGGCGCAGCCGGACGACGUCGGUCUCGUCGGUGGGCAGCGCGAAUGCGAGCACGCCCAACAUGGGCAGCAAGCCGCAGCUGUCCAACCUGUUUGGCACCAAGCGGUUUGCCGGCGAGCCGUUCCCGACGUCGGCGGAUGCUUCGCUGUCGAGCAACGGUGCAUCGCGGCAGCCAAGCGGACCGGCGUCGCCUUCGCCUCAGUCGAGCGACGAUCAAGUGGUUCGAUCCGAGACGUACGACAGCCUGGCCACGGUGACCUCUGCGAGCGGAAGCGGAUUCGACGAGCCGAGCGGCGAAGAGAGCUGGGUGGAACUGCGCAACUACAUUGACGUGCAGACGGAAGCGAUUGUGCAUUCGAUCCAGGCGCUGCUGUCGGCGAUCCGCGAGGGCGCGCAGGGCAACCAGCUGAGCGAGCACCUCACGCAGAUCACCACCAUCGUCUCGUCGAUUGUGGCCAUCUCGAAGGACAAUCUGCCGGCGAGAAGCAAGCUGGAAGGAGAGAGGAUUCUGGACGAGCUGACGGACAACUGCGACGAGCUGAGCGAGAUGCAGAGCCACCAGAUGUUUGACAAGACGACCAAGUCGAACAUGGCCAGCGCAUCGUAUGGGGUUGCCAAGGGGCUGAAGGCGCUCAAUGCGCUGUUCAACGAUGUGGAUCUGUCCAACUAA